GACGUCACGUACCAGACGCCAUUGUCAAUAUGCAACUUAGACGAAGGGCAAUAUAAUUUUGAUAAUUACGGGAAUUAAAGGGAAAACCAAUAAAUAGUGAAAUAAAAUUUAGUUACACAGAUAUAUAUUGCACUGAACAAUGACUAUUUUACCGAAGAAAAAGCCAAAUAAAGAUAAAAAUGAAACGGAAACUACUGACCAUUCAUCACUGGGUCAUUCACAUACAACCAGCGAAAACCGACACGAAAAACCAAGUCGGGGCAGAAAUUCGCCAACAAGAUGGUUGCCGUCCACUUCACGGGACGAACUUCUACCUGGGCAAGAUCCAGGCGGAUCUUACGAAGGGUUUGAUGCUUCAAACAGCAAUAAGAGGCGUCACAGGUCAUCGCCCCAUAGAAGUGUAAGAAAACACAGACUACAUAAUCACCAAAGAUCAACACCACAUGCAGCUUCAUCCUCUUCACAGGCAAAUGAGUAUGAAGAAACAAUUACUGGACAUAAUAGUGAUGAUGAAUAUGUACCACCAAAGUGUCCAGAUAAUAUAGAAGAGCUUGAAAGUUGGUUUGAAACUUCAUUAAAAGAACAGAAAGGAUUUGUUAUAAAGAAGAUGGGAGAAGAUGGAGCAUGUUUAUUCAGGGCAGUUGCUGACCAGAUUUAUGGUGACCAAGAAAUGCAUGGAGCUGUCAGAAAAAAUUGUGUUGAUUAUAUGGCAAAGAAUGCUGAUUAUUUUUCACACUAUGUCACAGAGGACUUUACAACAUAUCUAAAUCGUAAAAGACUUGAUAAUUGUCAUGGGAAUCAUGUAGAAAUGCAAGCAAUAUGUGAAUUAUUCAAUAGAUCUAUUGAAGUUUAUCAAUAUAGUCUAGAACCAAUAAAUACAUUCAGCUGUUCCUACAAAACAGAUAAUGAACCGAUUAGAAUAAGUUAUCAUCAGAAUACACACUAUAACUCAAUAACGGAUCCAUAUAAAGCUACCAUUGGUGUUGGUCUUGGUCUACCAGGAUUUCAACCAGGGUUAGCUGAGAAAAAUCUUAUGGGUGAUGCUGUACAACAGUCUGAAAACACUCAUAUAGAAAAGUGUAUGUUAGAAGAUAAACUGAAAGAAACAGACUGGGAAGUUACCCAAGAAACCAUAGAAGAACAGGUGGCAAGAGAGUCUUAUCUCCAGUGGUUGAUGGACAAUCAAAAUAGGGCAAAAUCUCAUACUUCUACAAGAUCAGCAAGUGCUACAUGUACCAGUUGUUUACCAAGUGCUACCUGUAGUUCAUCCUGUGAUUUAAUGUACAGUGAUAAACCUAGCUCUUCUGAAGGGAGGAUGGGAAGAUCUCCUCGUAACCGUAGUAACCCUAAUUCACAACAAAACAGCCCACAACAGGUUGAUAUUCCUGAACAUCAUUCUCCAAAACUUAGCGAACAAGGACGAACAGGUUCACCAAAAGCACAUCCUGAAGUAGAAGCUAUGGAAGCCACAGUUUCUAUACCCCAGGGAGCUGUUGGUGGUGUUUUUAGCUUUGAUGAAACCAGUUCUUUGAUGAAUCACCAGUCUUCACUGCUGAGUGGAUAUCAAGACUGGGAUGAAGAUGACAUCCUUGCACAAGUUCUUGCGCAGUCCCAACAAGAAUAUUUAGACAGCUUGAGGAAAAACUCUGAUUUGUCUCCCUUUAACAGCUAACAUGUAGUUUUCAAUAGAUUUUUUUAAUUUUCAAAUUUUUGCACUUCUCUAAACAGCAGAAUUAUUAAAUAAAUUCUCAGUUAUUUCUCACUACAGAAAUAUAUUGGUCAAAACCUAUUGUUGACAUAUUCCUGUUGAAAUGUUUCAGGGUGCGUAAAUUUUAGAAUUGUUUUGAUUAUGAAGUCUUAUGUUUUAUUUAGAUGUUUUUGAAAGAAAAAGAGAAUUUUUUGUAUGAAGUGCAAAGUUAUUUGUAUCAAAAAUGCCAGGAGCAGAUUUACAAACCUUUUUAACAGUCAUUUUAUAUUUGUUAUGACCAGUUUUACUGCCCUUUCUGUUUUGCACAGUCCCGAUAUUUUUACAUUAUUUCAUUGUGCUUAUUACAAAUGUACACUUAGAAUUAUAGCUAUACAUAAUUAUAUAAUGGUAUAAAGAAACAAAUUUGUACAAUAAUUUAUUUUCAAUGUUAGUUUCAUCAUGUUGCACAUCCUUUAAAUAAAUAUAUUUAUAUAUAUUGAAAAAUAUUGAAUUGUAUUUAUUUUAUUAGACAGAAAUUAGAUAGGAACACCUCUAGUGAGGAAUGUGAGAGGAGCCAAAACAACUAUUGGUUUCUCAGAUUUUUUUCUUGUCAAAUAUGUUUUAUUUUCAAACAUGUUCUAUAUGAACAAAUAAAUAAGCUUGUUUCAUCACUUUUGUACUUAAAGAUAUUCACUGGUCUAGUGAAAAAAAUCUUAAAUUCAAAUUUUGCAACCUCAAAUUUUUGUAUUUGACACAUUUAAAAAAGUCCUUUCCUCUAUCUUUUUUUUUGUAAUUGAACAUUGAACAAAAUCAGAGAGAGAAAAAAAAUGACCAGAAUAAUUCAAAAUCGUAAGUCUAUCGGGAAGAGGCCAGGAAAAUUGGACCUUGUUUAUAAAAAAAAAUGUCCCAUUGAAGGAUACAAGUACAAUGGUUCCUAACAUAAAACUAAGAACAAAAAAAGUAAAAAAAGCUAUUUUCCAAGAGGACUAAGACAACAUAUUAAUCAGAGCAUAUAGUAAUAUGAUUGAUUUUUAUAUAAGGAUACCAUUUUGAAUUUUUCAUGUUGUUUUUAAAACUAUAACUUGCCUUAUGAAUUUUUGUAGUACAAUAUAUUAAGAGAUUUGUUUAUAUUGUGAUAAUUAGAGAAACAAGUCUAGUGCUGAUGACUGUUUUUUUUUCUUUUGCAUUUAUCUUUGUUUUUUUUUUCUUUUAUUCCAAGACCAUUUGACAGGCAUAGCUUCUUAUAUCAUCCUUUAAAUUACUUUGAUUACAUUUCAAAUUGAAUAUUUACAACUCAUGAAAAAUCUGUUGACAUAUGUUAUUGGUACUUUCAGCAACAGUAAAGAUUAAUUUUCAAAUUUCCAUAACCCUUUUAUAAUUAUGCAAAUUACCCUUGAAACCGAUAAAGUCCUAAAGAAGAUAUCAUGACUGUAUAGGCUUAUUUUUCUAUAUAGAUUGCUCUAUUGUCUCAAAGAUUAUACAAAGAUUUUUAUAACUUAGGUCAAACAGAAAUGAAUCUCGAUAAAAUUCUACCAUAGACAUCAUCAUCCAUAUUUUGAAUACAUCCACUCCUUCUGAAUUGUUUGUUUAGACACAUUUUCAGUUGCUUUCUUUAAUAAAAUUUGUAAUGAAAUGAUUGCACUUCAUUUCUUGAAUAAAAUGAAGAAAGAAAAAGAGGAAACAUGAUAAAUUUUAUUAAAAUUCUAAAUUCUCAUCCUAUUAUUAUCCCCAAAAUUUUAAUUUGGCAGGUAUUUAGUUUUUUUGAUGAUCUAUUUUAAAUGUAGAAUUGAUUUAUAUAAAAGUAUUUUUAAUGGGAGGAAAAUGGGUUUGUUAAGGAUUGAAAAUCAAAGAAUAUUAUUAUUCUGGCCUAUUAAUAUUUAUUUGACGGCUUACCCUUUUAUUUUCUUCAUCAGAUGAACAAUAUUUUGAAUACAUACCCAGGGAUGUCAGUUCAACAAGUAACUCCGUGUUAUGGCAUUUUUUCAAUCUUAUUAAGUGGUCUUGGAUAUAUAAAUCUGUGAUUAUUAGUUCAGUGCUAUGAUUCCUAAUUUGUUAAUUAUAAUUAUUUAUCAUGUAUUUCAUACUUGGUCUAAUAGAUACCAAUAUCUAUGUUUUUUUUACAUUGGUGGUAAAGUAUUAAAAGGCUCUACCCUAUAAAUUGUUAUAUUAUGUAAUAUUUUAGACAGUAUAAACGGAAUGAAAAUGGAGGGAGUAUGAUAGUUUUAAUAAUUCAUUUCAGGCUUUGUGUUCAUUUCUUAUUUAGUGUAACAUUUUGUGUAGUGUGAAUAUGCAAAUAGGAUUUAACAAAAAGGAAAAUCAAGUGUUCUGUCUACAACAAUAUCUAUUUGUAUUGUUGCUCAUUUUCAGUUUAGGGUUGUUCCGUAAUUGAAUGUGUGGGGAGGUCAGGACAUUUUAAUUAAAGAUUAGAUGGGUUGUUGUAUUUUUCUUGGACAAUAGCUUAAAGAAUCAUAUAGAAUUA